AUGCAUAUUAUCGAGACGGGCACGGCCCCGCCGGACGGGCUGCCCUCAGUGGCAACUGGCGUCCUCGGUGACAAAAAGGAUGUGGUGCAUUCGAUUUCCAGCAAGGACGAAGCUUCUACGCCCGAAGCGAAGAUCAAGCCGGAGCGGGAACCUACCUUCAAGGACUACUUGCGCGUGUUUACGUAUGCCACGAAAUGGGACAUAUUUGCAUACUUUGCUGCUGGUCUCGCCUCCAUCGCCGCCGGCACUACAUUACCGUUAAUGAACAUCAUUUUCGGCCAGCUCGUCAACCAGUUCAACGGUUUCACUUCCGGAGACGGCUCAGUAUCUCCAAACGAAUUCAAGAAAACUGCCGACAAACAAGCUCUUUACCUCUUCAUUCUCUUCCUUGCUCGAUUCGCCCUCAACUAUGUCAACAAGUUUGCAUUCAGAAUGAUUGGCAUCAGACUGUCUUCAGCUAUCCGCUUACACUACCUCCAACGUCUCUUUGGUCAGACGAUCCACGUGCUCGAUUCGAUGCCAGCUGGUGCUGCUGCUGGCACCAUCACAUCUACCGCAAACACACUCCAGAUUGGCAUUUCGGAAAAGCUCGGCGUCUUCCUCGAAUUCAAUGGCACAAUUUGGACCGCCAUCAUCGUGGCUUUCACUUACAAUUGGUCCUUGACUCUUGUCACGGCGUCGGUCAUUCUCUUCAUUCUCCUGGUCUUGGGGGUUCUGUUGCCUUUCAUCAUCAAGGGCCACAGUCAAGUGACCCGGGCGGAGGGCAAAGCUUCUGCUGUUGCUAGCGAGGCAUUCUCAAGCAUACGGAUGGUCGCUGCCUGUGGUGCGGAAGACCGUAUUGCUUCUCGGUAUGCUCGCUGGGUCAAUGUGGCUCGUCAGAAAGGUCAAGCUACGGCACCUCUACUCGCGCUCCAAUUCGGCUUGAUUUUCUUUGCCCUUUUCGGUAAUUUCGGACUGGCAUUUUGGUACGGCACGCAUUCAUGGGUUGAUGGAAGAGUUGACAAUGUUGGUGAAGUCAUCAUUGUUCUCAUGUCUGUCAUGCUUACUGUCAUGUCCCUCGAGCGUAUUAGCACUCCUUUGCUUGCCAUCAGCAAGGCAAUGGUCGCGGCAUGCGAAUUUCUCACUGUCAUUGAUGCUCCACGCCCCAGAACAGGGGAAAUGAAGGCCCCCGAAGUUUCCGCCAAUGACGACAUCGAAUUCAGGGGAGUCACCUUCGCGUACCCCAGCCGACCACACGUCAAAGUGCUUGACGAUCUGGACCUGACUAUCGAGGCGGGCAAGGUCACAGCCAUUGUUGGACCUUCAGGAUCGGGCAAGAGUACCAUCGUAGGUCUGAUAGAGAGAUGGUAUACCCUACAAGAUCAGUACAUUAUCGCAAAGACGAUCGAAAAGGACAAGCUGAAGGAAGCCCAGAAGAAGAAGAAGAACAAGAACAAGAACAAGAAGAGUGGAGGGGACGAGUCUGAUGACGAGGAGAAGCCUGAGCCUGAGGAGGUUGGACCUUCCGUCGAGCUCAAAGGCUCUGUUUCUACUUCCGGCCAUGCACUCGACGAUAUCGACCUCAAGUGGUGGCGGUCACAAAUUGGCCUUGUUCAGCAGGAGCCUUUCCUGUUCAACGACACCAUUUUCAAGAAUGUUGCCUACGGGUUGAUCGGCUCACAGUGGGAAGACAGAUCCGAGGAUGAGAAGAGAGCUCUUGUCAAGGAGGCUUGCCAAGAAUCGUUCGCUGACGAAUUCAUUGAUCGUUUGCCGGACGGCUACGACACUUUGGUGGGCGAUAGUGGCGCAAAGCUCUCCGGCGGACAGCGUCAGCGCAUCGCCAUUGCUCGAAGCAUCGUCAGAAAACCAAAGAUCGUGAUCUUGGACGAAGCCACCAGUGCCAUCGAUGUCCGUGGUGAGAAAAUCGUUCAAGCUGCUCUCGACAAGGUCUCACAGAAUCGUACUACAAUCACUAUUGCUCAUCGUCUUUCCACUAUCAAAAAGGCCGAUCGAAUCGUCGUUUUAAAGAAAGGCAAGGUGGUUGAACAAGGAACCCACGAAAGCCUCUUGGAGAACAACGAGGGUGUUUACUACGGACUGGUUCAUGCUCAGCAACUAUCCCUGGGAGACCAGACGGAAGCCACCGAUGAUGACAACCCCAAAGAGGAAGAAGGCCUUGGCGAAUAUCUUAGCCGAGAGAAGAGCGCUGCAAUGUCCGAGGCAAGCGGUACACGUCAAAAAUCUGAAGUGUCGAAUCGCAACCUUUUCCAGAGUUUUGGUCGCUUGCUUUACGAGCAGCGGAGCCGCUGGUAUCUUUGCAUCCUGACCGUCGUCUUCGCGGCGUGUGCCGCAGCUGGUACUCCGUUGCAGGCAUACCUAUUUGCCAAGGUCAUUGUGGUAUUCGACCCCCGGAACGGCCCCGACAAGAUCCGAAGCGACAGUAAUUUCUGGUCACUCAUGUGGGCGAUGCUUGCGAUUGGUAUCGGUCUAUCGUAUUUCUUCAUGGGAUUUGUGGCAACACAUCUGGCGGCUAUCAUCUGCGCAGUCUACAGGCAGCAGUAUUUUGAAGCCAUUCUGUUUCAAAAAUCCUCCUUUUACGACGAAGAGGGGAAUGCCCACGGCAGUCUCACAGCCCGUGUGGCCGGAGAUCCUAAGCAAUUGGAAGAGCUUCUGGGUCUCAAUAUGGCGAUGGUGUACACCGCAAUCUUCAAUGUCAUCGGUGCAAUCUCUAUCGCCUUUGCUUUUGGAUGGAAACUGGCGCUGGUCGCUCUCUGUGUUACGAUGCCUAUUGGCCUUGCAUCGGGAUACUUCCGGUUCAAGUACGAGCUCGAGUUCGAAAAGAUGAACGCCGCAGUCUUUGCAGAAAGCUCCAAAUUCGCCGCCGAGUCUAUCGGGGCUUUCAGGACAGUCUCAGCGUUGACACUGGAGGAUAUGACUUGCUUGCGGUACGAAAACCUGCUCAAAGGCCAUGUCAGUCAUGCGUUCAAGAAGGCUCGAUGGACGAGCGCUGUGUUCGGUUUCUCAGACUCGGUUUCCAUGGCCUGCCAGGCUCUUAUCUUCUGGUAUGGUAGUCGACUUCUGGCUUCCGGGGAGUACCAAGCUCAGGGUUUCUUUGUCUGUUUCAUGGCAGUGAUCCAAGGCGCGGAAGCUGCUGGACAGGGCCUCAGUUUCGGUCCCAACGCAGCCCAGGUCACAGGAGCUUCGAAUCGCAUCAUUAACAUGCGAGAAUCCCGGAACCAGGAUCUCAUACCAGCAAACGAGAGGAUCCCCGAUACAGACGGUGGCGUCCAGAUCGAGUUGCGCGACGUGCAUUUCAAGUAUCCCACCCGCGACGUCUCGGUCUUCAAGGGCCUCAACUUGACCAUCGAAAGGGGGCAAUUCGCAGCCCUCGUCGGCGCGUCUGGCUGUGGCAAGACGAGCAUCGUAUCCCUGAUGGAGCGCUUCUACGACGUGCAAAAGGGAGCCAUUCUCUGCAACGGGAAGAAUAUCAAGGACAUCAACGUCUACGAGUACCGAAAGCAACUGUCGCUAGUUGCCCAGGAGGCAACCCUGUUCCAGGGCACGAUCAGGGAGAACAUCCUCUUGGGCGUGGACGACGGGACCGUGACAGACGAGCAGCUGCACCAGGUAUGCCGAGACGCUUCAAUCCACGAGUUCAUCGUGUCUCUUCCGGAAGGGUACAACACCGACAUCGGCAGCAAGGGCGUCUCCCUCUCCGGAGGCCAGAAGCAGCGCGUGGCUAUCGCCCGUGCCCUGAUCAGGAAACCCAACAUCCUGCUUCUCGACGAGGCCACGAGCUCCCUCGACUCCGAGUCCGAGAAGCUGGUUCAGGCUGCUUUCGAGAGAGCAGGAAAGGGGCGGACCAUGGUCGUAGUCGCUCACCGUCUCGCAACGGUGCAGAACGCCGACGUCAUUUUCGUUCUGGGCGAGGGCAAGUUGUUGGAGAAGGGCAGCCAUAAUGAGCUCUUGAAGCAGAAGGGGGUGUAUUGGCACAUGUGUCACAGCCAAGCACUCGAUCGAUAG